GAAUACUGCUGUUCUAAUGUCUGAAUUUAUCUGAACUACCAAGUUAAACAAGUUCACAAAACUUUCUGCUAUUCAUCCAAUCUGCCAAUGUUCAUUUCUGUUUUAGUUUUUUUAAACUUGUUGUUUGUUGUUUGUGACUUAUUAUAAUCAUUUGUUCAGAUUUUUUUCACAGCUUAAAUUCCCCUGUGUUUUUGUAUUUAUCAAGAAAUCUUUGAUUUUAUUUUGACUUAAUGAAAUGGAAUACACUGGUAGUCAAUAUGAUGGGGACUGGCAUAAUGGAAGACUAGAGGGCCAUGGAAAAUAUCAAUUCCCCACUGAAACUCAAUAUGUUGGAGAUCUGAAGGAUGGUACUUUUCAUGGCAAAGGAACUUUAUUUUUUCCUAAUAAAAGUAAAUAUGAAGGCGAAUGGAAAAAUGGUCGAGUCGUAUCUGGAAAAUACACUUUUGCUGAUGGAUUAGAAUAUAAUAGCGAGGAAGAUUGGGAAUAUUGUGAUGGAUAUGAUAGGAGAUUUUAUACAGAAAUAUGCCAUGGAUUGAAGCCCGCUGGUCGUUCACAACUUACGAACAGAAUUCCCCCAAGAAGAAUUCCAGAAAACCAUUAUGAUUGUGGAGAUGGUUUUUACAAUCCUUCAACAAGAAUUGUUACUGACUAUAAUCAAAAAUUUCUACGAAAUGCCGAUGAUGAUGAGCAUGAAUGGAUUGUAAAGGAAUGUCGUAAAGGAUGGGAUGAAAUUGUUGGCUAUAAAGGGAAAACUGAAGCCUAAACACCAAAAAGUUACUGCACAAUUUUUCAGCUUUGAGUUGAAGUUAAAGUUUGUAGUAAUAUCUGCUGCCUGCCUGUCUGAUUUCCAAAUACAUGAUAACUUUUUUAUAAAUCUAAACAUUUUAUUUCACUUUCCAAUACAGAAUAGUUUUUGAAUUGCAUUGUAUCUGUGAAUCUGUGAAAUCAAUAGCUUAUAUCGUAUUGACGAUCUCGCAUAUUAGCCACCCUCUAAAAUCGGCCCUGAACCAAAUUUUUAGUGCGAUCAGAGGUUUGUACGUAUAAGCCGCCCCCUUAGUUUUGCAACUGUUUUUGCUUAUAUGUGAGGAUAUCCGGUAAUAAUUUUGGUUUUGAUUGGAAAAGAUUUAUUACUGAAUAUCUAUUUCGAAUCUAUAUGUGUUGAUUAAAAUUUAUUUGGAUAUAUCAUUUUUGGUCAUUCAUCAAAAGAAAGCAAGCAAGACUAUAGAAUUGAUUUGUUAAAAUUGUAAAAAAAUUUUGAUCAAAAUUAUCGAAUGCUUCCUUUCUCUUUCAUUGUUAACAACAUUUUAUUAGUGAAAAAUGUGUAUCAAUUGAAAAUUUGAAGUUUGAUUUAGCUUGUAUAAUCGAAGUGAUGAAAUUUCAUCUUUAUUAAAACUUUUUCAAAUUGUGAUUUUCACUGUAUUCACUUAGUGCUACUGAUAUAAUUUAUAAAAGAGUUCUGAAACACCAUACCAAAUUUUUUUCCAUUUUUUAUGCAUAACUUUGUGAGAAUUGUGUGAAUAAAGGUUACUACAUUUGAAUUUCAGAUAUGACAUAAUGAAUUGGAUUGAAUAAUUUUUGUGUUUCCACAACAGUAUUAUAACUGUGAAUAUAGAUAUGUACUAUGAUGUCACAGUUACUUAUUAUUACCAAUGCCAACACAUAAUGAUUACCCUAUCUGAAUAUUUAUUAUUCUAUUAGAAAUUUGUCCGCAAAAAUUUAUUGUAAAAUAUGUUUUCAGACAAAUAAACAGAUUAUUCCUAACAAAACUAUUAUUGAACUGAUUAUCUGAAAAUUGGUUUUCUGAUAGGAUUGAUAAUUUUGGAAGUUGGUAAAAUUAAUUUUUUUUAUCAUCCCUACCCAAACAUUGACAUCAUAAUAAACAUGCCACUAAAUAAAAGAACCAUAAACCAAAU